AUGGUCCAACCUGGCGUCGACGGCCUCGACACGCCGCGCACAAACGUUGGCGACGCGACAUAUCUCAGACAGCCAGACUUCGAUAUUUCGCAAGAAGCCUCCUUCCAGUCACCGGCAAAAGGCAACAACAACUUGCUCCAGCAAUUGCGCAAUGGCCGUUCUGGCGGCAUCAACCUUCGCACCCCGCGGGGUCGCGCUCCCUUCAUGGACCGAAAGAACCUGCCUGCAGGGCUGGGAGGGGCAGAGUUCACCCCAAUGCUCAAGUCUGCAACAAGAAAUAGCGCGCGCCGCGGCUUCGGCAAGGAGAACGGCGCCGUGCCCAACACACCUGCACUCGAUCAGCUCGAUGGAGACAUGACGCCAAUUCCCAAUAUCGACACCUCCAUGUACCACUCCCGUUCUUUUGCGGACCGCACACCGCUCCCCGAAGUCGAUAGUACAAGCACGACAUCUACACCGCUAGUCGUAUUACCACGUCGAGAUGGCAAAGGCCCGUUGCAGGAUGGUAAUCAACUCUCGCUACGAGAGCAGGAGAACGUCAUCGAUAAGAUCGAAAAGGAAAACUUUGGCCUUAAGUUGAAGAUUCACUUCCUCGAGGAGGCUCUGCGGAAGGCCGGCCCCGGGUUUAGCGAGGCCGCUCUGAAGGAGAACACGGAUCUCAAGGUCGACAAAGUGACAAUGCAGAGGGAGCUCCACAAGUACAAAAAGCAUCUGACUUCGGCGGAAAAGGACCUUGAGAGUUACCGUCAACAAAUGAUGGAGCUGCAGGAGAAGGCCAAAAAGAAGUAUGCGGAUCAAAAGCAGCUGGCCGAAAUUGAGCGCCUGCAACGAGCUUUGGAGGACAGGGAAGCCGACCUUGACGACAUGCAACGCCAACUGGAUCGGGAUCAACAAGACCAAGGCCAAGUGGACAAACUUCAGGACGAGGUUGGCGAUCUUGAGGCCGAGAUCCGCGAGAAGGACCGCAUCAUCGGCGAUCAUGAAGACGAAAUUGACGAUCUCAGGUCCAAGUUGGUGGACAUGGAAGACAAGAUGAAGGAUACACAACGGCGGAUGAUUGAGCUUGAGCAGAGUGCGCAAUCUAAGGACGAUUUGGAUGAUGCUAGAGAUACCAUUGACGACCUGGAAACGAACGUGCGCCGAUUGGAGGAGCAAGUCGACGAAAUGAAGGGCAAGCUGAAUCAGGCCAUUGCGGACAAGGAGCAGGCCAAGGGCGACCUCGAUGAGCUUCAGGAGGAAUUGGCGAACAAAUCUGUCAUGACCAAGGGCCUUUCCCGCCAGAAAGAAGAGAAGCUUCUGCGGUUACAGGCUGAGCUGGAAGAAGCAGACACGAGGUUCGCGGACCUUGAGAAGCAACUAUCCGACGUCGUCAAGGAGAAUGACAGCCUCAAGGCCGCCGCCAAAGAAAGUCUCCGCGAACGCGAAGCUGCAGACCGAGAAAACCAAUCACAACUUGGAAGGAUCGAGAAGCAGCUUUCUGAUAUGACCAGAGAGAAAGAUGAACUGAAGGCAGCCGCUCAGGAGGGCCGCCAGGAGCGAGCACUUUCCGACCGGGAGCACCAGUCAUUACUCAAUCAGGUGGAGGACCUUCGGAGCGAAUUGCAACAAACGUUGGACGAAAAGAACCUGUUGCAGACUCGGCACGAGGCAUUGACAAACGAGUCAAGGUCUUUGCAACGCGACGUGGAACGCCUUCAGCAGUCUGUUGACGAACUGGAAGAGAGCCUCGCUCAGGAGAGAGACCACGCCUUGGAGAUUGAACGUGACAUUCGCAGUCAGUACAGGGGCGAGAUCGACCGUCUCAACGACGAGAUCUCCGAUCUACAAGCCGAGAUUCGCGAGAAAGAUAACCUUUACGAUAAUGAUAGUGAAAAAUGGGAGACUGACCGUCAAACGCUGGAGUCUGGACGAAAACGGGCGGAAGAAAAGGCGGCCGGGCUAGAGCGAACUAUCGAAAAGUUGCGCGAAGCAGAGGGUAACCUGUCGUCAAAGGAAUCAAGAUUACAGGAAGCUCUUGAGAGCGAAGCCCAGCGCCACAAAGACGAGCAGGCAUCUCUAAGCCGACAAAUCGAUGAUCUCCAGCAAAACCUCGAGACACGGCAAGCCAUGCUCACGGACCUGCGCAACGAGCUCUCCCAAGUUCAGGACGAACUCCGUCAAACGCAGCUCGACUACCAAGCGCAGACAGAGAGAGUCGAGGCACUGGAGGACGAGGUCGAAGUCUUGCAGACAACUCUCGACGAGGAAUCCGAGCACUCUCGGGAGGAACUUGAGGCGGCUAGGAAAGAAUGCGAUGCGCUGAAUCAACAACUGGAUGAGCUUCGCCGUUCAGCAGAUCUAGCUCGAGGCUCAGCAUCGACUGAACAGGAAAACGCUACGAAGUCCAACCAGACAAUAGACCGCCUCCGAGCGCAGCUUGACGAAGCAACCUCUCUCGUGUCCAAGUUGAAUGGGGAGAAGGAAUCCCUCCAAGAUCAAAUGCAGAAACAGCUUUUGGACUCAACUGCCCAGGCAACCAAGGUUUCUCGCGAGAAGCAGACACUCCAGGAUCAACUUGCAAAUCUCAACCUCAAGAUGCAUUCUUUGCGAAGCUCUUUGGCCGAGGCACAAGCAGAACGAGACGAGGUCGAAAGUGAGAUGAAACGCAUGCACAACAACGGCGAGGAGACAUUACGCGUCGAUCGGGAGCGACUGGACCUGAGGACAGCCAAGAUGAAGCUGGACAACGAGGUGCGAAGACUCAAGGAUGAGAAUAAGAUCUUGAUAGACCAGAUGCAGCUGGCCGAGAAGUCUCUCGAAGAGGAGAUCGAGAAGGCUGCCGAAGAGGAGGAUCGUCUCAACCAGGAGAUUCGUCAACUCCAGGUCAAGCUCCGGGAAGUCUCUUCGUCGGAGGGUCAUGAAUCCGCUGCUACAAGACGCACCAUCCGCGAACUUGAGCGCCGUAUCAAGGAUUACGAGGAUCAGUUGGCGAUGACACAGCAACUGCCCGCCAACAACUCGGGUGAAGGUAACAGCGAAAUAUCCCUCAUCCGCCGCGAUCUUUCAACGGCGCGGCAGAAGGAGAGGGAAUACCUUCAACGUGAGGCAGCGCACAAGGACGUCGUCAGAGGCCUCAAGAAGCAAAUCACAGAGCUCGAGAGCAAAGCCCACGAUGCUGAAAUGUCCCGCCUGAUAAUGUCACCAGCGUCAUCAAGCCCCUCGACUAGGAAGUCCGAGGUCGUGGAACUUCGCCACCAACUGUCUUCGGCACAGCAGUCCAUCCACGACCUGAAGACAAAGGCACGCGACGCCGAACGCAGGGCGACACAACUCGAGCGAGACUUCCAGACCCAACUUGAAGAACUCGAAGAUCAAAAGCUCUCCCUCGAGCAGGCUCUUGAUGAUGCGGAGCGGGAGUCUGAAGAAGCCGCUGCCCUUCACGAGAAAGCUUUGGGCAGACUAAAGCAGAAGCUCGAGAGGGCUGAGCAGGAUCGCCAAAUCGUCGGUCAUAGCCGCCGUGACGUCGGCAACAUGUCAUCUUCCGAGCGCAAGGAUCUCCAAAAUAUGCUCCGGAGGACACAGUCAGAGGCUGAUGCACUGGAACACGACGUGAUCCAGCAGCAGGAGACCAUUGACACCCUCAUGGCCGCUGAGGCGUCGCUCCGGCGCAAACUAGAGAGGGCGCGCAGCGAACGCGCAGCUUACCGCCUAACUGCUGAGAAGUUGCAGAAGGAUAUCCGCGACCUCAAGUCUCAGGCUGCCUCAGACGCCAAGGACCAGCGCAACGUCCACUUCAUCGAUGAGAGAAUGAGAGAGACGGACGAGGCACUGGAGACUGUCAUCCGGGCAGCUGAGAACGCGGAUGCGAAGCACACCAAAGAGCUUCGCGGCAUGACCCUACAGAUGGAGUGGAUGCAGGCACGGUGGAAGCGGGAAGUCAGCUUGCGUGCGGAUGCUGCAUACGCAAAGAAGUUCUUGCAGCUGGAGCUCGAUGUUGCUAAUGCAUGCAACAAAGCUCAGCUGCGCGAACUGGAGCAGAUUCGGUGUGACCUGCUUGGGAGCCGCCGACCCCUGCCACCGACAUCCUCGGCGCUCGCGAAGAAGGACACCACCGGCGGCGCCGGUCCCGGGCGACCGACGCUCAAGACGGUUGCGACGAUGGCGCGCUUCAUUGCCCGGAUGCGCAUCUCUGCGCGCGAGUGGGCCAAGCACGAGGCCACGCGCCGUAAACUGGCGGAUUGCGUCGACGAGAUGCGCAAGACCAAGAGGAGGAAGCAGCUCAAGGUGGUGUCAACAGGUCACGUCGAGGCCUGA